CCGCAAACCUCCUUAUACCAGAAUUCCGGCCAAGAUCCUUAACUUCCGGUAUAGAAAAUGGCACCUCCACCACCCAAAAAGCCUCGAAUCUCAAUUACGAAUGCACAAAAGCAAGCUUUACGAGCUUGGUACUAUGAUCCUACAACUCAGAGCACAAAGAAGACUUAGAUGCUUCAACUUGGUAGAAUGAUCAAUAUGGACAUACUUUGAGCUCUUCGACUGCAAGUGAAAUACUAUCCUCAAAAUACGCCUCUCUCGACACUACUACUUCUACAAAAGCAUUUGAUAAUACCAAGACGACAAGGAAACCAAAAUGGGAAGUGUUAGAGAAAGCUCUUAGAGAAUGGGCUUUACGAUUUGAUGCUACUCAUGGCAUUAUUACAGGAGAUCUUCUACGGAUAAAAGCAACAGAAUUCUAGAUACAGCUACCAUAAUACCAUGGACAAGAUUGCCCUACAUGGAGUGAAGGAUGGCUUGAAGGGUUUAAGAAAAGCGAAAUACCUACCUUGUGAUGUUUACAAUAUGGAUGAGACUGGAUUUUACUAGAAAAAAUUACCAAACUUAACAAAACUCGAAUUACAGCUAACUGCUAUAAAAGUGACAAAGUUCCAAUUUGGUUUAUAGAACUGCUAAACAACCAAGAUGUUUUACUCAAAAUCAUAUCUCGAAUCCUGAAAACCUUAGAAUACAUUAGCAAUGGAAUUCAACAGCAUGGAUGAAUCAUAAUUAUUGCCAAGAUACAUCGUUUGGGCGAAUUCGAGUCGCAUAGUUAUAUUCCGUAAAUUUAUUUUCACAUGCGUCACGCUACGUAACUUCCUCCCCCUACAUCCUCCCUUGGGUUUUGUUUUUGGAUCAUCGAGGCGCAGCCUGAGUCAGAUAUCAGAUAUAAUUUUGAUAUAAAAGCUUAUAUAGCAUCUGGGCGGCUGAUGACCUGCGCGCCGAGUACGGAUACUGGGGCGGGCCCCUCGUGUCUUUUGUCUGUGGAGUAAUUGGCGGGUUAUUUGAGGCCGGUUGCAAUAAUGGAAUGCUCGUACUAGGUACUAGGGUACAGCUUGGGGCAGCCUCCGGUAGUUGAGCAUCGGCGGGAAUUUCCACAGUUUUCCACCUUCGCCCACCUUCACGCGAUGUACCUGCAACAGUCAUUUUUUGUACCAGAGUACACCUUACUCCGUCUCUCCCACCUCGUUGGUGCCCGUGCCUGUUUUGGGGCGAAACGAUCGACUCACCGAAACGAUCGACUCACCAGCGAAACUCACCCAGGCCACUACCACACACUACCGAGACUAUAUGGUAUAACAAAUGGCGUGGUCCCCGACUGACACCAGCUCUGAGCUGAGGCUGUGAUCAUCAAGGUUUUUUAAAAAGAGGGGCAUUUGUGGUCCUGCUAUUCCUUCUAUCGCUGCUGAUAAUCCUACGAGUACCAAAGUGGUGCUCCAUCCGUACGUACGUAUCACUUACUGUACACUCAAUCUCCUGGUCGCCCCCACUAUCACGUUCUCUCAUCCAACGCGAGCGAUCCCUAUCGAAUUGUCACAAAGGGGUCCAGAGCUGACCAUGUAUAUAUAGCUUGAAUUCGGCUUUCUCUCCCCUGGCCCCUCUUAGCAAGAGAACGACCUACUUACUUCGACCGACGUCGGUUGAAAAUUGGAUAGCCAUUCCCAGCACAUGGCGAGUCAGUGACGUGUUUGUUUGUGGAGACGCAAACUAGAACCGGUUUCUAUUUCGAAUUCGAAUUGGCUCUACCUGCCUCGGCCUAAACCUCCCGAUAAUUGAACGGGAAUUGACGACCCUUUCAACUUCCAUCCCAUCUAAUAUAUCGCCAUAAUUAUGGCCUUCAGGUCGAGAAUCACGAGGGCUGUGGCCUACGGAUCUGGAGCUGCUGUCCUCGGUGGCGGUGUCCUAUACUACACCUACCGCCCACGAAACAUCCCGGGUCUCGAACCGGCGGCGGUGCCACCUCCCGGAGAGCUCCCGCCGAGGUUCCCCAAGGUCAGGUCGAGAGACGAGCAGAUCGCCAACCUGAAGAGGAGCGGAGGAAUAUUCACACCUACAUCAACCGCAAUCAAGAAUGUAUUGUUAAAUCCGACUGAAGGCGAUGAGGUUGCCACCACUACACCCCAAGAUGACGAUAUCUACGAUCUCCUCAUCAUUGGUGGCGGUGCGACCGGUGCCGGUGUUGCGUUGGACGCGGCAACGCGCGGAUUGAAGGUCGCAAUUGUCGAGAGGGACGAUUUCAGUUCCGGUACCAGCAGCAAGAGCACGAAGCUUGUGCACGGUGGCGUGCGAUACUUGGAGAAGGCGUUCUGGGAGAUGGAUUACAACCAGUACAAGUUGGUGAAGGAGGCUCUGCGCGAGCGCAAAUACUUCUUGGAUACCGCCCCCCAUCUGUCGUCGUGGCUCCCAAUCAUGUUGCCGCUGGACAAGUGGUGGAAGGCACCAUACUACUGGGCUGGAACCAAGGCCUACGAUCUUUUGGCUGGGUCCGAGGGAAUUGAGAGUUCGUACUUCUUGACCAGGAGUAAGGCUCUUGAUGCCUUCCCCAUGCUGAAGAGGACGGAUCUCAUUGGUGCGCUUGUCUACUACGAUGGUGCGCAUAACGAUUCGAGGAUGAACGUCUCACUGGCUAUGACUGCAGCAUUGUACGGCGCGACCGUUGUAAACCAUCUCGAAGUUACAGGACUGAACAAGGAUGCCAAUGGCCAGCUUUGCGGCGCACGCGUCAAGGACCUUGUCCGCGAAAAGGAUGGCAAGAAGGCGGAGGAGUUCACUAUCAGAGCAAGAGGUAUUGUCAACGCAACCGGCCCAUUCUGCGACUCCAUCCGUAAGAUGGACGAGCCCAGCAUCAAGGAAAUCGUCGCCCCCAGCUCUGGAGUACACAUCGUGCUCCCCGGAUACUACAGCCCGUCGAACAUGGGCUUGAUUGAUCCCAAGACCUCUGAUGGCAGAGUUAUCUUCUUCUUGCCUUGGCAGGGAAACACCAUUGCCGGAACCACCGAUGCCCCUACCACGAUCCAACAGAACCCCAUUGCUGGCGAGGAUGAGAUUGACUGGAUUCUGUCCGAGAUCCGUCACUACCUCGCCCCAGACAUCAACGUUAGACGCGGUGAUGUCCUCGCUGCUUGGUCCGGUAUCCGCCCUCUCGUCAAGGACCCCAAGGCCAAGAACACCGAAUCCCUCGUCCGUAACCAUCUCAUCGAUAUCUCGCAAUCUGGCCUCUUGACCUGCGCUGGAGGAAAGUGGACAACUUACCGUCAAAUGGCCGAGGAAUGCGUCGACGAAGCCAUCACUACUUACAAGCUGAAGCCAACCCGCGUCCUCAACGCCCCAUGCGUCAGCGGAAGCACCCAGAUCGACGACGGCGCAACGCUAGAUGGAUCAUGCCAGACUCACCAAGUCAGACUUAUUGGCGCCCACGGCUUCUCCAAGACCCUGUUUAUCAACCUAAUCCAGCACUACGGCAUUGAUACCGACGUCGCGAAGCACCUGACUGGUUCAUACGGCGACAGGGCCUGGACCGUUGCUGGCCUUUCCGAGCCCACUGAGAAGAGGUUCCCUGUCCGCGGCAAGAGACUGUCCCCGCUGUACCCCUUCAUCGAUGGUGAGAUUCGCUAUGCCGUCAGGCACGAGUAUGCCCAGACGGCCGUCGAUGUUAUCGCUCGCCGCACUCGUCUGGCGUUCCUCAACGCUCAGGCCGCUCUCGAGGCGCUCCCGGAAGUCGUUGAUGUUAUGGCCUCUGAGCUCAACUGGGACAAGAAGAGACAGGAGCUGGAGUGGACAGACAGCUUGAAAUUCCUGGAGAGCAUGGGACUCCCUAAAUCGAAGCUUUCGGCUACGCGUAAGGCUGUUGAGAGCGGAAAGCUGGCCUUCAAGGACUCCGAUGAGUAUAAGAUGUACUCGAGACACAACGUGCCAAGUGAGCCGUUGGCAACCGACGAUGGAGAGAGCAAAUCUGAGUAAUAGAUCCAAGGGUUAGAGCGGGAGUGCAUGUCAGAUGCCAAAGAUAGAUCUUUCGGGUGUACAUACUGUGUUUGUAGAGGUAGAUGUAUUCACUUAAUACUGCAUGGCAAUGGAUUAAUAAUACCUCGGAUAUGUCAA